CUUAUAACUAACUAAGAGCCGCGAUGUAUAUCAGCUGCACGACUUUGAAACCAUGAAGUAUUUUGUACUGGUUGCCGUUGGAAUACUGACCCUGAGUCAGGAAAUAUCCUUGAUUCGUGUUUCGCAGACAACAGCUGCGGAUGCCAGCAAUGUGGACGAAUGCACCGAUUACAAAGAAUUGUCUGGCCCUUUUCGCACUUUUACAUACUACAAUGCCUCUCUCGAGAUGUGCGACGACCAUUUACAACGUGGAUGGUACAGGUUCUUGCGACAGGCAGGCCGUAUGAUGCCUACAAAUUGUGUCCCUAAGUUCCACUGCGGUACUUACGGACCCGGAUGGUUGGAUGGGGACCAUCCCAUGCCCCAAGAUGGGAGGGUUAUGAGGAGAAUAUGCUUUCACCUUGAAGGGGAGUGCUGUAAGGAGUGGAAAAUGAUCCAAAUCAGAAAUUGUGGGAACUUCAUGGUGUACCAUUUAGAGCCCCCGCCCGAAUGUCCCAUGCGGUAUUGCGGGGAUGCUGUCACGGAGGAAGCCCAUAUUCUGGAGGAGGAACGCCCCACAGUCAAUGAGGAAACUCCAACUGUUGAGGAGAAACGCCCGGUUGUUGUUGAAAUUCCUGAUGAAUGCGAGAAUCACGGUUUAUUGGAUUCGGCGGACAGAUCACAAGGAUUCUACGAUCCUUUUGUAUCUCUGACUGACGCUGGCCUCUCUCCUGGAUGGUACAGGUUCAAAGACGGCGCGGGUUUUCAGAUGGCAAAUCGAUGCGUGAAGUUGUUUCACUGUGGCACACACGCCACUGGCUGGUUAAAGAAUGGUCAUCCUACGCAGUCAGAAGGGGCUGUGGCCAGAGAAGUCUGUUUUCAUUGGCGCGAUGAUUGCUGCUACUUUAGGCAACAAAUCAUGGUUCGUCGGUGUGAACAUUUUUACAUUUACAAAUUCCCUCGAAUGGACAUAAGCUACCUUCGAUAUUGUGGUGAGGGUUCUGUCAUGGAUAACCACUGGCUAACCCAUUAAUUCCUCAACAUCUGAUUGUUACUUCUCCCCUCCGGCUGCUAUACAUUUCCUUAUAAAUUAAUUAGGAGAAUUUGGAGUUAGAUCAUGAUUACAACUUCUACCUGUCAGGAGUGAUGCGUUUGAGUAAUCUCAUCACCAGUUUGCUGUAUAAAGUAUAGAUAUUACAGGGAGAAGUUACAUUUUAAUCACCUGGGAGUUAAGGGGUUAAAAGAAUGAGUAGUUCAAGUUAAAAUGGCGCUACCUCGUAAUGUUUUGAAAGAUUUUUUUUUUUGUCCUUGAAGCGGAGUAUCGUUUUUAAUUAGAAUAAAUCCCUGCAAUUAUCGUUUGCCGGUGCAGGCAGAUCAUGAGUGGGAGUAAAUGGGUAAUAUUAAGUGAGUAGAGAGAGGAAUAAUCGGGAAGAUAUUUAAGCUGGAUGUAUUCCCAAUUUUUUUGCGUGGCUUCCAAUGGUACAACACUUUGAAGAGUCAUGCAGCGGUCCCUCAACUGUCAAACGUUUGCCAGCAUGCGCGAACUUCGCUUCAGGCUGUAAGAGCCAACUUGUAUUCAAAGAAUUAUCCACAACCAUACAAACGAGUAAUUCGCGGUGCUUGAAAACAGUAUAACUGCUUUGAUAAAGCUCAAAAACAAAAUCAUAAUGGUAAAUCUGUAGAAAGCCCGUAAUUAAAUAAGCUUUGUAAACGAAAA